GAUACACCUUUCCAAGUUCUGAAUAACUUCACACAACAAAGUUACAAGUGAAGAUCAAAUGGCAGCCAGUGUAUUCUCAGUUAGGGGUUCAAAGCUUCGGUCAUUGGAGCGAUGUUCCAAGCAAGUAAGGAAGCAGAGGACACGGCUUUACAUAAUUUGGAGAUGCACUGUCUUACUCUUGUGUUGGCAUGACUAAACUUUCACAACUUGGUGUCAUCCUAAGUUGCAGAAAUGGCUAAGCUAAUAGAUCUCUGGUAAAGCAGAAUUUGAGGUUCUGAUUUUUUUAUGACUAACCAUACUGAGAGAGAAGCUAUAAACUGAGACUUGUAUUGUAAAACAGUCAAAAGUGAUGUAGUUUAUGUUAGGGGGUAGGUAAAGAAGCUAGACGAAGCAGGAGUUUCUGCUGAAUGUGAAUGUGUAAAUUACAAACUAGCAUGUAUUUAAUUGAAGUUGAAGAUAGCUUAAACAACUCAGCCUCAUGUCA